AUGUCGACCGAGCGUCUCUUCCGCAUUGCCUCGAUUCCCGGUGAUGGCAUCGGCACGGAGAUCACCGAGGCCGCCGUGCAGGUGCUGCAGAAGCUCGCCGACGUCCACCGCUCCUUUAAAUUCGACUUCACGGAGUUUGAUUGGAGCAGCGAAAAUUACCGGAAGCGGGGCUGGUACAUGCCCGAAGACGGCCUGGAACAGCUGAAGAAGUACGACGCAAUCUAUUUCGGCGCUGUCGGCAGUCCUGACGUGCCUGACCACAUAUCGCUCUGGAAUCUGAUUCUUCCCAUCCGCAAGGUCUUGAACCAGUAUGUCAACCUGAGGCCCAACCGCAUCCUCCCCGGCACCACCUCGCCUCUCGCGAACUGCAAGCGUGAGGAUCUCGACUGGGUCUUCGUGCGAGAGAACAGCGAAGGCGAGUACUCGGGUCAAGGCGGCACUUCGCACGAGCAUUCCAGCCACGCCGUCGCCACCGAGGUCUCAAUCUUCACCCAAGUCGGCAUCGAGCGCAUCAUGCAUUUUGCCUUCGAAACUGCCCGGAGCCGCCCCCGCAAGAAACUCACCAUGGUCACCAAGAGCAACGCUCAACGCCACGGUAUGGUCCUGUGGGACAAGGUCUUCUACGAGGUCAAGAAGGAGUAUCCCGACGUAGAGACGGACAAGAUGCUGGUGGAUGCCAUGACUGUCCGCAUGGUCCUGAACCCGACGUCGCUGGAUACGAUCGUGGCUACAAAUCUGCAUGCCGAUAUCCUGACCGAUUUGGCUGCCGCAUUGUCCGGAGGCAUUGGUAUUGCCCCUUCGAGCAACCUCGACCCUACCAGGAAAAAUCCAAGCAUGUUCGAGCCUAUCCACGGCAGCGCGCCCGACAUAGCUGGCAAGGGCAUUGCCAAUCCCGUUGGAGCAUUCUGGAGCGCCGCCGAAAUGGUGCGGUGGCUGGGCGAGGAAGCUGCAGCCGAUAACCUGAUGAAGGCUAUUGAGAACGUCAUUGAAGCUGGCAUAAGGACGAAAGACCUCGGUGGUUCUAGCAACACGAAGCAAGUCACCGAGGCUGUGUGCGCCGAAAUCGAGAAGAUCGGAAGCACAUGA